UCUCUCUCUCUCUCUCCCUAUUGCUUUCUCUCUCUCUACGGUGUGUGUCCUGGAGUGCAGACUAUCGGUCCAAAGGAGGGUUGGCAGGUGUACAGCUCGGCUCAGGAUGCCGACGGGCGCUGCAUUUGCACGGUGGUGGCACCGGAACAGAGCCUCUGCUCCAGAGACGCCAAGAGCAGGCAGCUCCGGCAGCUGCUGGAAAAGGUUCAAAACAUGUCGCAGUCCAUCGAGGUGCUAAAUCUGCGGACGCAGAGGGACUUCCAGUACGUCAUGAAGAUGGAGAGCCAGAUGAAGAACUUGAGGACCACCUUCAGGCAGAUGGAGGACGACAGGAAGGCCAUCAUGGCCAGGAACUUCAAGGAGCUGCAAGACAAGAUGGACGAGUUGCAGCCGCUCAUCCCCGUGCUGGAGCAGUACAAGACGGACGCCAAGCUCAUCUCGACGUUCAAGGACGAGAUCCGCAACCUGUCGGCCGUGCUCAUGUCCAUCCAGGAGGAGAUCGGGGCCUAUGACUACGACGAGCUCUACAGGCGUGUGGUCAGCCUGGACAGCCGCCUCAGGAACUGCAUGAACAAACUCACAUGUGGAAAACUAAUGAAAAUCACCGGCCCGACCACCAUUAAGACGUCUGGAACGAGAUUCGGCGCUUGGAUGACUGACCCGCUGGCAUCCAGCAGGAACAACAGAGUCUGGUACAUGGACAGCUACACCAACAGCAAGAUUGUGCGCGAGUACAAGAGCAUGGCGGACUUUGUGACAGGGCUGGAGUCGAGGACCUACUACCUGCCGUACAAGUGGGCGGGCACCAACCACGUGGUGUACAACGGCUCGCUCUACUACAACAAGGAGCAGAGCAACAUCGUGGUGAAGUACAGCUUCGAGACGGGCCGGGUGUUGGCUCAGCGCGCCCUGGAGCACGCCGGCUUCCACAACGUCUACCCCUACACCUGGGGCGGCUCGUCCGACAUCGACCUCAUGGCCGACGAGCUGGGCAUGUGGGCCGUCUACGCCACCAAUCAGAACGCCGGCAACAUCGUCAUCGCCCAGCUGGAGCCCGAGACGCUGGAGGUGUUGCACACGUGGAACACGGAGUACUCCAAGCGGAACGCCGGUGAGGCCUUCAUGAUCUGCGGAACGCUGUACAUCACCAACUCGCACAUGACCGGCGCGAAGGUCUACUACUCCUACAACACCAAGACGUCCACGUACGAGUACACGGACAUCCCCUUCCACAACCAGUACUUUCACAUGUCCAUGCUGGAUUACAACCCGCGCGACAGAGCCCUGUACGGCUGGAACAACGGGCACCAGGUACUGUUCAACGUCACGCUGUUUCACGUCAUCAAGACCGAGGACGAUUCCUAA